AUGGUUCGCUUAACCAUUGAUUCUGUUUCUAUUUUUUGCGAUCACAACCACUACUACUGGUCUCCUCUUCUACCUCCUUAUCCACCGGAGCUCAUGUGUGUCUCAUAUCCUGACCACCCUUCGAUCAUUGGUAUAUUUGUGCUGACCAUGGUCUUUUGGCUGGUUAUUGAGAUUGUUCAUUUAAGGGACCGCAAAAUAUUACAUAUUGAGCUCCAGAAGAAUAAAAUGGAUGGCGUUAUAGAUGUGCAACGAUUGGCUGAUAUAAAUAAUAAAAAUCUUGGUAGUAGUAAUCAGUCGGCUAGUAAACCAUUAUUAAUUAGUAAUAAAUUAAAUAAUAAUGACCAUGAUAUCAAGCUGGAAAUAAUCAGUGAGGCUAGUGAUUCCGAAGCAGAGACCAAGGGUUAAUGAAAACACAACUUGG